AAAUUAAAAACUUAGGUGACUUAGGUUAAAAACUAAAAUAUUUUAAAAAGUUGGAAUUUUCAAUUUAUUAUUUUUUAUUAAGAACAAUUAGGAUUUUAUAAGUUUUGUUAUAUAGUUUGCUUUGUCAUAAUAUAUAGUAAAUCAUGAUUAAAGCUAUUUUAGUAUUUAAUAAUCAUGGAAAACCUAGAUUAUCUAAAUUCUACCAGUAUUUUCCUGAAGAUAUGCAACAACAGAUAAUUAAAGAAACAUUUCAACUGGUGUCAAAAAGGGAUGAUAAUGUCUGUAAUUUUUUAGAAGGUGGAAGUUUAAUUGGUGGCAGUGACUACAAAUUAAUUUACAGACAUUAUGCCACCCUGUAUUUUGUUUUUUGUGUUGAUUCUUCAGAAAGUGAGUUAGGAAUUUUGGAUUUAAUCCAGGUCUUCGUUGAAACUUUAGACAAAUGUUUUGAGAAUGUAUGCGAAUUAGAUUUAAUUUUCCAUGUAGAUAAAGUACAUUUUAUAUUAAAUGAGUUGGUUAUGGGUGGAAUGGUGUUGGAAACCAACAUGACAGAAAUAUUAACUAGGAUAGAAGAUCAAAAUAAAUUAGAAAAACAAGAGGCUGGAAUAUCAGCUGCCCCAGCACGGGCAGUUUCAGCAGUUAAAAAUAUGAACAUUCCUCAACAGAUCAAAGACAUCAAGCUUCCAGAUUUGCCCCAAGCCAUAAAGGACCUUAAGUUCUGACCACAAUUAGGGAACCAGUUUCAAAACCUAGAUAUAGCUUCAGAUCACAAUUCACCAGAUGCUAGGUUCCUGUUAGAAGAUCCAUCAUCACCUAGGUAUACAUAAUGAUCAUACUGCACAUAUUUUUAUGCAAUUUAGCUAUAUAAGAUUAUAUUUAUAGAAUAGGUCAUUUUAUUAGACUAUGUAUAACUUUGAUGCAGUACCUAUAAUAAAUAUAUUUUUUAUUAUUUUGUAUUAUUAGUUUAUUAUCUUUAAUGUUAAUAAAUUUAAUUAAAUUCUUAAGGUAAAUAAAACUUAUUUGGCAUACCAAGUUAAGAGAAAUAUAACAAAUUAAAUAUUAUUUAAGUACAGGAAACAUUUUAUUAUUUUAAUUACAAAACAGAUGUUUUCCCGCUUGAGUUAUUUAUGUUCUUAUAUAUAUAAUGACAUUUCGCCUAACGUGGUAGGCAUUUUCAAUACAUAUUUAUUCUAAAAAAUCAUAUUUGCUUUUAAUGUUGUUUCUACAAAUUCUAUUCGCUAUUACUAAUA